AUGUCUCGGUGCGUGUCUGACUGCCGCGAGUUCGUCGACGUUCGGGGGGCACUCCUGGCGACUCGAGAUGCCGCUUUGAUUGCAGGAGACUUCGACGGCCUUGGCCCCCCCGAUCUGUGCUGUCUCGAGAAACUGCCGAAAGAUGGAGGGAGCUUGGCGAGCUUCUUCGGCACAAGCCAGCAGGACGCCGACCUCCUCCCCCCGAACGAGGGCGUCCUUUUCUGCCACUACGUCCUUGGCCUCGAAACGUCGCAGCCGGCGGCGAUGGCUGCCUACAUGUACGGACUCGUGGCGAGGCAGGAGGCGGCGACCAGCUGGUUCGGGCGCAAGUGGCAGAUCCUUGGGGGAGUCUACUGCACCUUCGACGUCUUCCAUCAGGUCGACAUUCGCGUCGAAGUCCACCUGCCGCCUUCGGCCGGAUGGAAGUCGCGUUUCCUCUCGUCUUCGCUGGCGGCGACGGCCUCGCCGGGCGCCUCGGGGGCCCUCCACUGCUACGUGUUCCCUUCGGCCUCUUCCGUCUUUUGUCGUCCUUCUCUUCGGGCGCCUCAGCCCCGCCCGCCAACCCUCUGUGCCGAGGCCGCGGGCUCGCCGUCGUCGCGUCCGUCUGCGUUUUCGUUCUCCUCGUCUCCGCCGCCUGCGCCCCCGCGGUCGCGGGCGCCGGCGGCGGUUGUUUGCCGCCGGGAGCACGCCCGCGACGUGCGCGACCUUCCGCCGGCGCUGUGGGAUGCGGCGCUGCUUUCUGCGCUGCUGCGCUUGGAAGUCCCGCCCGUGGUGCAUCCGAGCCGGUGCCUGGUGGUUUUUCCGCUCUUCGAGAAGGCGGGCAAGAGCCGCGAGUUCGUGGAGCUUGCGACGCGCUUCUUCGCGUCGGGAGACGACCUCGGUCUGCUGCCCUCGAUCGGCCAGGGCACGAACGCGCUCUGCGAGGUCCUCGCGCGCCACGUGCUCCGCACCGCCUCGGUGCAGAAAGCCGUCGAGACGCUUCUCUCGCUGCAGGCGCUCUCGCCGCUCAUCCACCUGCACAUCUCGCGCGCCUACACUCGGUGCAGGAUGUUUUCGCUCGCGCUUUCGCUGCUCCUGCGCAGCAUCCGGUCCUUCCCUGAAGAGGCCUGUUUCCUGCGCCACCAGGCCAGCGUGCUGCUGGCGAAGGCACGCGAAGACGCCCGCGGAGACGACGCCGCGGGACUAGAAAGCGCCCGAGGCGAGACGGACGAGGGAGACACGAGCGCGCCGUGGAGCCUGGAGCCCAACAGCGAAGGGCUCCCGCGCGAGACUGGGGCGGGGCGAAGGGCCCGUCAUGCCUUGGAGACAGGCGGCCCUGGAGCGACACGUCGCCGUGGAGCGUCGGCGCACCUUGUGCAGCCCUCACGCAUGCGCGGACCCUCGCUUUCUCUUUUUUCUGUGUCUCCGUCUGGCCUGCCGCGGCUGCCGGCGCAGCGAGCGCGAGGCAGCCCUUGGGGGCGAUUGGCGGUGCGGGCUGCGGAGUUCGCGGUGAGCUUGUCCCCAACGCUGUUUCCCUUCUGGCUCACGCUGGCGGAGGCGCUUCGUUUCUGUCGGGCGUUCGCCCAGGCGCUUCUCGCGCUCAACGCCGCCCCUUACGUCCCUCUGGCGCGGCCGCUCUACACGAAGGGCCUGCCGCCGGACAUCCACCGGUGCGAGGUCACGCAGCCCGCGCACCAGCGCUCUGGGUGCUUCAGCUUCCUGCUGCUUCCUCCGGUCGACGACGACUUCCUUCCUCUCGCGGUCUGCUCGGCUUCGCCGUCGCCCGCCCCUGCGCCCUCUUCGCCUCUCCCGUCGUCGCUUCCGCCGUCGUCUCCUUCGGCUGCGGCCGGUCUGCGGAAGGCGACGAGUCUCCACGGUCUCCAGGAGCGAGGCGAGGAGACAGGCCCGCGACGCGACCGCGCGACAGAGAGGGAGCAAUACCCGCGCGAGGUCUACGUUUCGGCGCUGGCCUUCCUCUGGGAAGCAGAGAGAGGCGAGACGCCCCCCCCGCACAGCGACGCCGACGCGCGAGAGCGGCUGUGCCCAGACUCGCAGGCGGCCUCGAGCGCGCAGCCAACGCCUUCGCGGUCGCCAAAGAGUCUGUGCCCAGGGGAGGCCCGCACGCAAAGCGCACUGUCUCUGGCGCGCGCGUCUCCGGCUGCUUCACUUCAUUCUUCGCCCUCCCCCGCCGCGAGCCCGUCUUCGGCUGGCGGUCACGGGAACCCGGAGAAGUCCAGCGGAAGCGGCUGGGACGCCGCGAGCCAGGCAGGCUCCACCGGCGGAGUAGAGCCUGGGCGACGCGCGGAGGCAUGCAAAGACCGUGUAAGGCCUCCAUCGCCUCCCUCCGCGUCUGUCUCCGCUGCCUCGCGUUUCUUGAAUGCGUCGGGCGUCGUCGCCAGUGAAGAGCUUGGAAGAGCUCUCGCAGCUCGCCAAGGCGCCGCGGUGAGCCACCCGGCUGCCUCGCCUCUGUCGGCUGGCGAGGCGCGGCGCCUGCCUCAGGCUUCCUCUCUCUCUCCGGGUUCUGCGGGCGCGAGUGAGUUCGCGUCUUCUCUAGACCACCUGAGCGUGUGUCUGAAGUCUUCGCUGGGCGCGCGUCUGGACUACUUCGAGCGGAAAGCCUUUCAAGUUCUAGUCAAAGUCCAACGCGACAUCUCGCUCGACCUGCUUGUCGCGCUCGCCUCGCGGCUCUUCCUCGUCGCCCGUCCCCUUCCCGACCGCCUCCGCUGGGCGGCGGUGCGCGCUCCCCCCCCUGCCGGCCUGCGCGACGCAGAGCCAGACAGGGAUGACUCAGACGAGCCCGAAGGCCAGUCGGGGGACACACGCGACGCCCCUGAGCGGCGCCGCGCAUGCGGAGAGCCAAGCGGACGGCGCGCCAGCCAGGAGCCGGCGGCUUGUCGAGCCCCCGAAGAGACAGCCGAAGGCGCAGACCGACCUGCACCGCGUGUUGAUUCCUCUGCGGAAGGCAACUCGAACGCUGGAAACGGAGACUCCGAGGGGGAAAAGGCCCGCCGCCGACACUCCGCGUGUGGAAACGCGUCUCUCGCCUCCAGUCGAGGCUCUCGCCCUUCGGAGCAAUCCGCACAGCGGACGGCCUCUGGAUCUCCGUCGCCCGCGUUUCUGCCGUCUUCACCGUCGCUGCUGCACUCUGCGGGGGGGGAUGGCGCUGCAGCCGCCGACGGCACUAGCAGCGACGGUGAGCGUGCCGGGCCUCAGUGCCUGCCGUCCUGCUCUUUGGGCUCGUCUCUCGCUUCCUCCCCGGGCGUCUCUUCGUUCGCUUCCUGCGCAUCGUCUUCUGCCGCGCUGGGGGAUGGCGGCGCGGGUGAGCGACAGCACGCAGCGCGCGGAGCGUCCGCGGACAACGCAACACCCAAUCUGCCGCUCGCGAGGUCGCCGAGGGAGGAAGAGGCCGCGCGGAACAAGCGCGCAGAGAGCGACGGGCGGAGAGAAAGGCGCGAAAGACAACGACGAGAGGAAGAACUCAAUGCGCUCCGCGCGUGGCUCGACACACAGGCGCCGAUUCGACCGGAGUUUCUGCGGAGGCCUCAGUCCAAGAUGCUGGAGAAAAUCACGCGGGCGCUGGAAAGCGAUCUCGCGCUGCUUGCGCAGGCCCAAGGCAGCGAAGAGGAAGAAAUUCGUUUCUUCACGAGCUUGUCGGCCUGGGACCCCGGCACUCGCAGUCUCGUUGAGAAGGCGGGAUCCUUCUUGGUGGCGAGAGGUUCGCUCUGUUACCGGCUCCGCGAGUGGCGCAGCAUGUGCGUCUCCUACGGCCUCGCGCUUCGCCUCGGGCUCUCAUGCAAGGCGAGCCACAUGCUGCUGCGGUACUUUGCGCGGCGAGGCCUUCCAGGGGAGGCACUCCGCAUUUGCUCAGUCACGUGCCUGCACGUGCGGCACGUCUGCGGCGAAGACCUUCCUGCGUUGCCUUUCUGGAUGUCCGCAGAACUCGCCAAGCUCAUUGACCGCGUCGGCGUUGAGCUCGUGGCUGCCAGCGCGAGCCAGGUGCCUUGGCACGCCAGACACCCCGCAGUCGAGAGUUUCAUCGAAAGCCGGCGCAGAGCUCGAGCUGCAGAGGAGGCGUUGUUCAACUGA